AUGGAUCCGCGAGUAGCAUUCGACUGUCAGAAAUUCGAAGCUCAAUGCACGCUAUGUCUUCCUUUUGAUGACGUUUUGAGAAUCUUGGCCGCAUGUGCUCUCUUGAAAAAUCUGAUGUUCUACGAGACUGAGGAUGGGGUUGAUAUUGAGAAUCUCAAUGACAUGGAAGACGCGGCUUUCCUCCUUGGUCUUUCCGCUCUUUCACUCUUCAAAAAACUCAUCGCUCGUUCGGUGAUUGUACAUAAAGAAGAGGCGACUGGGAUCAAAACACUGUCCAUUGCAAGAAUGGAACGUGACCAUCUCGUUGCUUCACUACACUCUCGUUUGGUGCAAAUGGUAAUCCGACGAACGAAUGCUUUGUUUGAACUUGGCUCCUCAAACGAUUCCGAGGACGGGAGCGUGAAUGAUGAUUCGGGUAGCUUUUGGGACAACUUG